GUCUCUAUUCUCUUUGCUUCUCAUUGUUCAUUUCUCUCCUUACUGCAACAUAGCACAAAUAACAAAAUUCCCCUUCCCCAAAUCUAUUGCCAUGUCAGCAAAGUACAGGCUGUUGAAUAAUGUGUACUUCCUUGGUGGAUUCGCAACCAUCGGCGGCAUGCUGUUUGGUUUCGACAUCUCAUCCAUGUCUGGUGUCGUAGGAACGCAGCGGUACCAGGAGUACUUCAAUCACCCAUCGUCAUCACUGCAGGGCGGAAUUGUCGCUUCCAUGGCCGCAGGCUCCUUCUUGGGUGCUCUCCUGGCUGGUCCAUUGGGCGACAAGAUUUCACGCAAGCGCACCAUCAUGCUUGCUGCCUCUAUCUGGAUUGUUGGCUCCAUUAUCCAAUGUGCAACUGUCAAUGUUGGUAUGCUCAUUGUCGGUCGUAUCAUCAACGGUAUUGCUGUUGGCCUGGCUUCCAUGAUCGUCCCUGUGUACCAAUCUGAGAUUGCACCCAAAAAUAUCCGUGGGCGUAUUGUAUCGUUGCAACAAUGGGCUAUCACUUGGGGUAUUCUCAUCCAAUACUUCAUCCAGUACGGCUGUUCCUUUAUCAAUUCCGAAGCUGCGUUCCGAAUCCCCUGGGGUGUACAAAUCAUCCCAGGUAUCAUUCUCCUUGCUGGAAUCAGCUUCUUCCCUUACUCUCCUCGCUGGUUAGCAGACCAUGGACGUGGCGAAGAAGCUCUUGAAGUGCUCGCCAUGUUACGAGCAAAGGGUAAUAAGAAUGAUCCUCUGGUCAUGGCGGAAUACAAAGAGAUUGAGGAUGCUAUUAAAUUCGACAGGACUCAGGCUGCGCGUUCGUAUGCAGAGCUUUUCCGCAAGCCAAAUGCUCGUCGCGUCUUCCUUGGUAUGAGUCUCCAGUCCUGGUCUCAACUUACGGGCAUGAAUGUGGCCAUGUAUUAUAUUGUUUUCAUCUUCCAGGGCGCAGGCAUCACUGGCCAGAACGCCAAUCUACAGGCAUCUUCUAUCCAAUAUAUUCUUAAUGUCAUUAUGACCAUUCCUGCGAUCCUGUUUAUUGAUAAAUGGGGUCGUCGUCCUGUUCUUUUAGUUGGAUCCACCUUUAUGGCUCUCUGGAUGUUCCUCAUCGGAGGUUUGAUGGGUCGUUUUGGUGGCCCCUCUAACUUUGAAGGUAACGAGACCACAACAUGGGCUAUUCAAGACAAUGAUGCUGCAUCCAAGGCAGUAAUUGCUUGCUCUUAUCUCUUUGUCUGCUCAUUUGCCAUCUCUUGGGGCCCUGUUUCAUGGACAUAUCCAGCCGAGAUCUACCCACUCCGGAUCCGUUCCAAAGCAGUCUCGCUCUCAACAGCAUCAAACUGGGCAUUCAACUUUAUUUUAGCUUAUGCAGUUCCCCCACUGCUGGAAAAUAUCCAAUACAAGACCUAUUUUAUCUUUGGAGCCUUCUGUGUGGCCAUGACGAUCCAUGUCUUCUUCAUGUUUCCAGAGACCAAGGGUCAUACAUUGGAGGAGAUGGAUGAGCUCUUCAAUUCAGAUGUUCCUGCAUGGAAGACUCGAGCGCAACCCCAGUCGCGCUUGGAUAGAAAAUAA